GAGGCGUCAUGGCGGCCGAUCUGGCGAGGUGCGGCUGGGGAGGCGCCGUUCUGCUUCUCCUGGCACUCUGCCUGCAGCCGCCGCCCACCCAGUCCCGCAGCCUCCGUUUUGUAACGCUGGUGUACCGGCACGGAGACCGCUCGCCCAUCAAGGCCUACCCGCGGGACCCCUAUCAAGAAAGUUCCUGGCCCCAGGGUUUCGGGCAGCUCACGCAGGUGGGGAUGCGGCAGCAGUGGGAGCUGGGCCAGGUCCUGCGGCAGCGCUACCGUGACUUCCUCAGUGCCAUGUACCGACGGCAGGAGAUCUUCAUCCGCAGCACAGACUGUGAUCGGACACUGAUGAGUGCAGAGGCCAAUCUGGCAGGCCUGUAUCCCCCAGAGGGACAACAGAUUUUCAACCCUAACAUCUCCUGGCAGCCUAUCCCCGUGCACACAGUGCCUGAGUCUGAGGAAAGGCUACUGAAGUUUCCUUUGUCCCCCUGUCCACGCUAUGAACAGCUACAGAAAGAAACACGGCACUCAGCAGAAUACAUAAAUAAGACGAAAGAGAACUGGCAAUUUCUGCAUAUGGUGGCAAAUGAGACUGGGAUCCGGGAUGUCUCUCUUGAGUCUGUUUGGAGCGUGUAUGACACCUUGUUCUGUGAGCAAGCACACAAAAUGGAUUUGCCUGCAUGGGUGACACCAGAUGUCAUGGCUCAGUUGAAGCAACUAAAAGACUUUGGGUUUGAAUUUCUAUUUGGGAUCCACAAUCGGGUAGAAAAAGCUCGUCUGCAAGGCGGGGUCCUGCUGGAUCACAUAAGGAAAAACCUAACGAAAGCAGCGAAUGUUUCUGCCCACCAGAACCUGAAACUACUUGUCUAUUCAGCACAUGACACCACACUUGUGGCACUGCAGAUGGCUCUAGAUGUCUACAACAAGAUUCAACCACCAUACGCCUCAUGUCAUUUAUUUGAGCUGUACCAAGAGGAUGAUGGUAACUUCUCUGUGGAGAUGUUUUUUCGGAAUGAGAGUGGGAAGGAACCUUUCCCACUGACAAUCCCUGGCUGUCAACAUAAAUGUCCACUGCAAAGAUUCUUGGAUCUUACAGAUACUGUUGUUCCCCAGGACUGGGAGCAAGAAUGCCACGUAGCAAGCAGCAUACAUGACACAGAAGUAUUUGUGGGUCUGGCUGUGUGUGGAUCCAUUCUCCUUCUCCUUAUAAUCCUCCUUUUGACUGUGCUCUUUCGCAUACAAUCUCAGCCUCCUGGGUACCGGCACGUUUCCAAUGAGGGAGAAGAACAGCCCUGACAAUGCCUCAACUCCUUCCCAGGCAGAAGGAGGGAGUAGUGUUGCCCCUAAGGAUGAUUGAGCACCUUCAGUUACUGAGCAUUCUGCUUUGGCUGUUGUUUCUCAGAAUGAAGCUGGACUUGAUUUUUGGAUGCUUUCUAAAGGUGAUGUCCCAGAGAGAGGACCGAACUACUCUAAUGGAAAUGACACCUCAAUUCUGAAGCCAGUACACUUUGUGGUGCCCCUUAGUCCUCAUACACCUUACCUAGUCUGGUAUUCCCAACAUGGCCAGUUGGAGAUGGCCAAGAGGUUUCCUCCUUCCAAAUGACAGUAAAUGUAACCACUCACAACUGCAGCAAACGGGCUUGAGCCUCCGGCAGCUGCCACAUCCGGUGCAGUCAGUUGUUGCAUCUCUCUUCAGUGUCAGCCUGCUUGGAGUGCUUUGCUCUCAAGCUGUUGGGCUGAUGAUGGUGAGAAGGCUGGGCUUGGAGCAGAGGGGACAUUUCACCAGCAGUGCACUGAGACUCAUCUACUGCCCUUGCAGAGGGAACUGCUGCAGAUGAUGGCAGACAGUGAAAAGUGUUUCUUGAGAUCAUUGCCAAGUAGUUGCUGCUGGCAGCUGGUCUUUCUCCUUUCCUCGCGUGGUUCAAGAGAGGACUGGCCUGGAAUCAGGACAAGAUUGAAAACCUGGCAGUAGUUUCUCGGAUUCAGCUCAGAGUAGGUUAUUAUCCAAAGAAACUUCAGAGCAUCAUCAGCAAGAUCAAGUCCUGUGACCACAGCAGACUCAGCCCCAAUUUCUUGUGCAAUGUUUGUUCUAGAAAGGAGAAUUUCUGUAAGAAACUUGGGCCUUAUGUAAAGGUUCAGCCUUUUACUUUGACUUGCCCAUCUCGUAUCUAUUACAGAGAGUAUCCAGUACUGCAGGCAUUCCAGACUUCUGCUAUGAGCCCAGGUUACUGGAUCCUUUUAUUUGCCAUGCUUUGCCAUUUUGUCCAAAAUGGAAUUUUUUACACCAGGCUGGUCUGUGUGUGCUGCAGCUGCUACAGGGAACCUCAUGCCAAGUGCUCACCACCUGCCUUAUAGCUUUUGGCAGAAACGGGGAGACUGCAGCAGACACCAGAAGCACAGGCUCCUCACAUGGUGAUACUGCACAUUCACUUCUCACUUCUACUUCCCUUUCUGGUGCAGUUCCCUUCCCUUCUUGGUGGCAGAAACCAGUUACAGACAUUUGCUUUUCUUCCCCUAUGGAGUACUGUGGGGACUUUUCCCUGUACCAUAAUCAGCAUCUGCCAGCAUGGGAACUCUACAUCAGCAGAAGCAGCUUGCUGUUCUCAGCAUCUUUCUCACCUUUGUGUCCUCUGAAGAUGUAAUCUAGGUCUCCUGCACAGCAAGACAGUCAUAAAUAAAAAGCUACUGCCUGUGAAAACAGGCACAAGAAAGAGGUAAUAGAAAGUGCACUUAAGAGGACCAGACCUGUUCUUUUUAAAGGCAACACAUUUUGCACACACAGAGGAAAGAUUUGUAUGAUUUAGACUUCUGACUGUGAGUAACUUUCUGUAAUUGUUCCAAUGCAUUUCAUUUUCAUUAUUAAAAUCAAAUUCAC